UCAUCACAUCGUGUUUUGAAAAACAUGCAGUCGCAGCUGGGACGAAAUUUUCAGCAUUAAAUUUUAAUUUCUCGCCGCUUAUCAACAGAAUAAAUACUUGUUAAAAUGCUCAGCCGAGCAAUAAUGAAGGGCCUUUUGCGCCCUUCGCUGUCGCUGCGUCCGGUCGCGGCCGGCAUGUCCCAGUAUGGGCCUCAGUUUGUCGAUCCGGUGUACAAGCGGGAAACCAUCGCUGCGCUGGAGGAGUCCGGCGAGAUCGUAAAGAUCGCGCACGUCCCGGUGAAGGCCGCCCGCAACAACGACUCGUGCUCGGUGUUUCACGACGAUCUGGUCUCGCAGUUUACGAAUUAUGUAAUGAUCCAGGGCAAGAAGGGGCUGGCACGGGAGAUUGUGGAGCGGGGCUUUGAGAACAUCAAGCGGAUGCAGCUGGAGCGGUACCAUCUGGCGGAGAGUGAGGAGGAGCGGGCGGGGAUUGAGUUGAACCCGCGGGAGCUGUUGCGGCGGGCGGUGGAGAACUCACGCCCGUUGAUGCAGCUGACGCCAAUUAAGCGGGGUGGGGUGAGGUAUCAGGUUCCGGUGCCGAUUACGGAGAAGCGGUCGUACUUUUUGGCGAUGAAGUGGCUGCUGGAGGCGUGCCGGGAGAAGGAGCGGACGGUACACUUCCCGGAGAAGAUGGCCUGGGAGGUGCUGGAUGCGGCGGCGAACCAAGGUAAGGUGAUUAAGCGGAAGCAGGAGCUGCACCGGCAGUGUGAGGCGAAUCGGGCUUACGCUCACUAUCGGUGGAGCUAAGCGUGGGGAAAUUGAGUUGAAGGGGUUGAAAUAAUACUAUUUAGUAGCUAUGAA